GAGGUCCACGUGUCACCGGCGAAGCUCGACGACGUAAACGGAUUCAAAGAUCUUUCUUAUCCUCGCCGUUUGGAUCACCGGAAAGUCCAUAUUUUCCGACGAGGAAGUCUCGCAGAUCUUGGUGACUGAGGAGUUUAAGAGUGGGUCAUCGGAUAAUGGUAGACGAAGAGAAUAGUAGAGACGAGAACCACAGGUAUAUCCUUCAUGCGACGAUGAACGUUCCCUUGGGCAGCUUGAGGAAAAGAUGAACAUUUUGAAGACGUCGGUGAGAGAACUGAGCGACAAAGUGAACGAACAGAAUCAGAGAAAAUGCAGCGUUCAGAAUGAGUUGCAACAGUUACGCGAAAGACUUAGAGCUAAGGGUGACGAUGUUGUGGUCGAGAAGUUGGUAACCCUUUUGAAAGCAUUGAAGGUAUUAAAGACACAAGAAUCUGAGUUCAUGUCUAAUUGUGAGGCACAACGUUCUGCUUUAGAAGCUGUGGUUGUUCAUUUGGAGGAGAAAGACGUCAAGGGAUUCAACAGCGAUAGUCUUGAGGAUGAUUUGAAUGAGUAUUUGGUUGAAUCUUUAAAUCGUUUGACACUCGCCAAGAAGGAGCUUGCAGGAAAACUGAGAGAGAUAAUAUUUCUGAAACGGCGGCUUGAUGACGUGCCAUGCCAAUCAGAACUCGUUCAGUAUGAAAGAAGAUUCUCAGAGCUGAAUCUGUCUAUCCAGGAAAAGCUUCAGCAGACUAGGAAACUCUAUGCGACAUAUAAUGCCCUAUUGGAGAUAAAAGAAUUGAUGCUAAAGGAGACAUCGUUAUUGAAUUCAAUAAGUUCACAGCGGCCAUGGCGCCAUGGCGUGGCGGAUUUUCAAGUCUUCGCCAUGGUUUUUAGAUGGCCUGGCGAAAAUGGCGUUUUUAGAUGGCCUGAAGAAAUGUUUGGGUUUCAAGAUGUGAUUGCGAGCCCUGUUGGCCCUGUGAAGCUAAUUGAUUCAAUGGAAGGAGUCAUGAAGGGAAUCCAACAGAAGCUAGAAAAGGUACAAAUCAGGCUUCAGGAAAAGCAGAAACUACGUGAUACUUUGAAAGAAAAGUAUGCUUCCGUGGUUGCCGAGCAAAGGCAGUGCUAUUCUGUGCUAAGAGCUUUUCAGGAGGAAUGUGCGAAGAAUGAGCGGCUCAGUAGCCAGAAAUCCGCUAUAGAGACCUCUGAACCAAAAGGAGUGACCGAGUAAGGAUCUGCUGCACGAACUGGACCUGCCGUGUCCUGACCCAUCAUUGUGGUGAUUCCUUGAUGCCCUCCACCUGCGAUGUUAUACAAUACGCAAGGCACUCUCAGAACAGAUCAUAUCCCGGAUUUCUUAAACCUUUGAUAUUGAUUCUAUAUGUAAUUGUGUAUUUAAUGCAACCAAAGACAUCAGUUAUGAUUUUUAGAUUCAUUUGUUAUAUAUUAUUUGGUUAGAAUGAAA